CACUCCCAAAUUAAACCCCGAAUUGGACCAAGAGAUUGCAUCAUCACUUAUAAACCGAGGGAACCUCUUCAAUUCGUCAACCCUGGCCUGCGCCAUGAGACGGUUCACAUUAGCCCGCCACCGAAUCUCAAUUCUUUCCGGCACCGGCUGUUCUCCGACCGCCGCACGUAUCUCUUCUUUGUCCCUUACGUCAACCACGGAGUCAGAUUUACCGCCGGUAACUUCUGCUGCUUUGGUCGAUUCAAUAAGAUCUUCUCAGUGGCAUUUCGUCGAACACCUUGCAGACAAACUCACACCUUGGCUUGUAUCAACAACUCUGCUCAACCUCGUCAAGACUCCUGAUUUAGCCUUCAACUUCGUCAACCACAUCGACCUUCGUCGCCUGGACUUUCAAACACAGUGUUUAGCCAUCGCUGUUGUCUCUAAGCUCUCUUCUCCCAAACCCGUUACUCAGUUGCUGAAAGAAGCUGUUAAUAAGAACUCAAUUAGAGACCUUUUCGAUGAACUGGUGCUUGCCCGUGAUCGAUUGGAGACUAAAAGCACGAUUCUUUUCGAUCUUCUAGUCAGAUGUUGCUGUCAAGUGAGAAUGGUCGAUGAAGCUAUAGAGUGCUUUUACCUGAUGAAGGAGAAAGGUUUUGAUCUCAAAACAGAAACUUGUAACUGCAUUUUGAGUUUGUUAUCAAGGUUGAACCGUACAGAGAGUGCUUGGGUCUUCUAUGCUGAUAUGUAUAGGAUGGAGAUUAAGUCAAAUGUAUACACUUUCAAUAUAAUGAUCAAUGUACUGUGCAAAGAAGGGAAGUUAAAGAAGGCCAAAGAGUUUUUAUGGAUCAUGGAGAGUCUUGGAAUUAAGCCUACCAUUGUCACUUACAACAGUCUUGUUCAAGGGUAUUCUUUGAGAGGACGAAUCGAAGGAGCUCGUUUGAUUAUCAGUGAAAUGAAAUCUAAAGGCUUUCAACCAGAUUUGCAGACAUACAACCCGAUUCUGUCUUGGAUGUGUAAUGAAGGAAGAGCCUCUGAUGUGUUGAGGGAGAUGAAGGAGAUUGGGUUGGUUCCGGACUCUGUUUCUUAUAAUAUUUUGAUCCGUGGUUGUAGUAACAAUGGGGAUUUGGAGACUGCUUUUGCUUAUAGGGAUGAGAUGGUGAAACAAGGUAUGGAGCCGACGUUUUAUACUUACAACACAUUGAUUCAUGGUUUGUUUAUGGAGAAUAAGAUAGAAGCUGCUGAAAUAUUGAUAAGGGAGAUUAGAGAGAAGGGUAUUGCAUUGGAUUCUGUUACUUACAAUAUACUCAUAAAUGGAUAUUGCCAGCAUGGAGAUGCAAAGAAAGCAUUUGCUUUGCACGAUGACAUGCUGACUGAUGGAGUUCAGCCUACGCAGUUUACUUACACGUCGCUUAUUUAUGUCCUUUGUAGAAGAAAUAAAACUAGGGAGGCCGAUGAGUUGUUUGGGAAAGUUCUAGGGAUGGGAAUGAAGCCUGAUCUUGUGAUGAUGAACACCUUGAUGGAUGGUCACUGUGCUACAGGCAACAUGGACCGUGCGUUUUCACUGCUUAAGGAGAUGGACAGGAUGAAUGUCAAUCCUGAUGAUGUGACAUACAAUUGCUUGAUGCGAGGGCUCUGUGGAGAAGGAAAGUUUGAGGAAGCUCGUGAGCUGAUGGGGGAGAUGAAGAGAAGAGGAAUCAAACCUGACCACAUUAGUUACAACACUCUAAUAAGUGGGUAUAGUAAGAAAGGGGAUACAAAGCAUGCUUUUAUGGUUCGGGAUGAGAUGUUGAGUCUCGGAUUUAAUCCUACUCUUCUCACCUACAAUGCUUUGUUAAAAGGUUUGAGUAAAAACCAGGAUGGUGAACUCGCCGAGGAGCUACUGAGGGAAAUGAAAAGUGAAGGCAUUACUCCUAAUGACAGCUCCUUCUGCUCUGUCAUUGAGGCAAUGUCUAAUUUGGAUGCAGAAAAAUCGGAUAAUUGAUUGGUCAUGGCAAAUUAAAGACCAUUGUAAGCUUAGGCCAUGAUCUUUUUACCGAAGAGAUGCAUUUUUAGCUGCUGAAAAGUCAGUAAGGAAGAUCUGCGGUUCCACUUACUCAUCUGAAUGAUCUCUGCUUCUGUUGAAUACUGUAACCUGGUCGUUUGGGACACGAAUUUGCCUGAGAAACUUGAUUGUACCGAGUUAUUCUGUAACCUCUAAAUCUGGUUCGCAAGUUCUAAUUUCAUUUUGUCGGUUUAGGUUCAUACAUUUUUUCAGAAACUUGAUUUUAUAAAUAUAGCUCUGUUGAUGAA